AUGGCAAUCGAUCCCAACAUCGUGGCUAUCUUCGGAGAGGCGCCGGCUGAUGUCGACUUGAAUGAGCGGUCGGUUGUUUCUCACAAUAUUGCUGUUUGCGUCGUCCUGGGUGUAGCUGCGGCGUCAGUUGCGCUUCGCUUCUAUGUCCGUAUCUUCAAGGGCGCCAAGCUCUGGUACGACGACUAUGCUAUUUUUCUCAGCGUUUUCUUGUGUGGUGCGGCAACGUUCAUGACAAUAUUGGCUGGUACCUAUGGCGCGGGAGAACAUGUGUGGUCCAGCAAUAUCUCAAGAUUCGUGACACUCUUGAAGAUCGUUUACGCCGAACCCUACGUGUAUGCCACAGCUGUAACAUCAACCAAAGUCAGCAUUCUUCUUCUCUACCGCCGCCUAUUUCACUCCAAGAAUGGCCUCGGACGGCUAUACUCCAUCAUGUAUUGGACGGCGGUCUUUUUGACCAGCACAUAUCCGCCUAUUCUAUGGAUCACCAUGGCUUGUGCAUGCCGCCCCGUCUCCUUUUACUGGACCCAAUACCUCGGCGAAACGGGAAGCUGUAUCAACGUCAGCCUCUUCUUCCUUCUCCUCGGCAUUGUCAACAUGUUCAACGAUAUCGUUAUUCUUUUCGUCCCGGUUCCUCGCAUCUGGGAACUGCAGAUGAACAAGCGUACGAAGACAUCCAUCAUUGGAAUCAUGUUGCUAGGUGGCUUUGUCUGCGUCGCAAGCGUCGUUCGAAUCUACUAUCUCAACGGUCUUUUCCAGAAUAUCGACGUUACAUGGUGGAUGGGCCCUGGAUUCGCGUGGUCUAGUCUCGAGCCCUCGGUUGCAAUCAUCUCCGCCUGCCUGCCGACCUACGCGCCGCUGUUCAGGAUGGGGCGUAACAAGUCUUCAAAGAGCAGCCCGUAUCCCUACCCCAGCGAGCGUAGUGGUGGCGCUUCCGGUAACGGCGGAGCCCGAAGUCAGAACGCCCGCGGCACCCAUCCCAGUGGCAGUGGGUUCGGCCCGAAUCGCUCGGGAGGUCGCUCCGUCGUCGAGGAUGACGAGGUCGAGCUCACAUGUAAGGUGACUUGCGGUGAUACUACUUCUAGCCACGGGUCAGAGGGGAAGGAUAGCUCCGACUGUGAACGGGGCAUCAGGGUUAAGACUCAAGUGUCCGUAGUUUCGUACACGCAGGACAACGGCACCACGGAGAAACAAUGA